CAAGGUGCGUUUCUCCCUCAAGUCGUGUUCCAAUCAGGAGUCGGCUGAGUUCCCAGGCGCCAGAGACACUCCAAACCGCCUGGGAUCCCCGCGGUGGAUUUGGGCAGGUUCGGCCCCGCGGCUCCCUCCUCCCCCCUCGCCUCCCUCCGGGCUCCUCGCCUCACUCAGGGGCGUGUCCUGUGCUACCUCCCUUUCACAGAGGUCCUCUCCUCCGGUUCCAGGCGGCGGCAGCCUGAGCCAGAGCAGCGAUCCCUCCUGCUCCUAGGACCGAAGCUGACAGCUCGCCCGCCCGGGGCACCUGUGCGGAGCGGGGUUGCAGGACGAGGGGUGGGAUUCGUGCCAGCCACUCUGAGCCCGGAGGCAGGGCCGCCCCCAGCCCCUUAGCAAGCACCGCUCCGCAGAAGCUCCGCCCAGAGCCGGGACUGCCGGCGGGGCAGACACGUGGAGGACCUGCCAGAGGGCUGAGGAAGGUAAACAUUGGGUCCAAGUGUAAGAGGCGAUGAAAGCCGUGGCCGGGACCAUGACAGCUCCCUCCCUGGACUUCGGGGACGUGGAAACUUUCCUGGACAGGCACCCAGAGUUGCUGGAAGAUUACUUGAUGCGGAAGGGGAAGCAGGAGCUGGUGGACAAGUGGCUGCAGAGGCACAGCCAGGGUCAGGGGGCUUUAGGCCCGAGGCCUGCACUGGCUGGUCCUGAAGGCAUGGCUCCCGGCAGUGGCAGAGGCAGCAGCAGCAGCAGCAGCAGCGUUGGUGGUGGCACUGGACCAACUGGCUCUGGCAGCAGCCAGCCCCCUCCGGGUGGUGGGGACUGUGGAGGAGCUCCCCUGAGUCCCAGCUGGGCCAGUGGCGGCCUGGGGGAUGGGAACCUGCAGCGGAAAGCUUCUCAGAAGGAGUUAAGGAAGAGUUUUGCCCGCUCCAAAGCCAUCCACGUGAACAGGACCUACGAUGAACAGGUGACCUCGCGGGCCCAGGAGCCCCUGAGCAGCGUGCGGCGGAGGGCGCUGCUCCGCAAGGCCAGCUCCCUGCCUCCCACCACAGCCCACAUCCUCAGCGCCCUGCUGGAGUCCAGAGUGAACUUGCCUCAGUAUCCCCCUACGGCCAUGGACUACAAGUGCCACCUCAAAAAGCACAAUGAGCGCCAGUUCUUUCUGGAACUGGUCAAGGAUAUCUCCAAUGACCUUGACCUUACCAGCCUGAGCUACAAGAUCCUCAUCUUCGUCUGCCUCAUGGUGGAUGCUGACCGCUGCUCUCUUUUCCUGGUGGAAAGGGUGGCUGCCGGCAAGAAGAGCUUGGUCUCCAAGUUGUUCGAUGUGCAUGCGGGAACCCCACUGCUGCCCUGCAGCAGCACAGAGAACUCAAACGAGGUGCAGGUCCCCUGGGGCAAAGGCAUCAUUGGCUAUGUCGGGGAGCAUGGAGAAACCGUCAACAUCCCUGAUGCCUACCAGGAUAGAAGAUUCAAUGAUGAAAUCGACAAGCUAACUGGAUACAAGACAAAAUCACUAUUGUGCAUGCCUAUCAGAAGCAGUGAUGGUGAGAUUAUUGGUGUGGCCCAAGCGAUAAAUAAGAUUCCUGAAGGUGCUCCAUUUACUGAAGAUGAUGAAAAAUUCAUUGACUACUUACCCAGGCAUUGGAUAUGGCUGUUGAUUUCCUGCAAGGUUAUGCAGAUGUAUCUUCCAUUCUGUGGAAUCGCCAUAUCUAAUGCUCAGGUAUUUGCUGCGUCCAGGAAAGAAUAUGAAAGAAGUAGGGCUUUGCUAGAGGUGGUUAAUGACCUCUUUGAGGAACAGACUGACCUGGAGAAAAUUGUCAAGAAAAUAAUGCAUCGGGCCCAAACUCUGCUGAAAUGCGAGCGCUGUUCUGUUUUACUCCUCGAGGAUAUCGAGUCACCAGUGGUGAAGUUUACCAAAUCCUUUGAAUUGCUGUCCCCAAAGUGCAGUGCCGAAGCUGAGAACAGUUUCAAAGAAAGCAUGGAGAAGUCAUCAUACUCCGACUGGCUGAUAAAUAAUAGCAUUGCGGAGCUCGUGGCCUCCACAGGCCUUCCCGUGAACAUCAGUGAUGCCUACCAGGACCCGCGCUUUGAUGCUGAGGCUGACCAGAUAUCUGGUUUUCACAUAAGAUCCGUUCUCUGCGUACCUAUUUGGAAUAGCAGCCACCAAAUAAUUGGAGUGGCUCAAGUGUUAAAUAGACUUGAUGGAAAGCCUUUUGAUGAUGCAGAUCAACGACUUUUUGAGGCUUUUGUCAUCUUUUGUGGCCUGGGCAUCAACAACACAAUUAUGUACGAUCAAGUGAAGAAGUCCUGGGCCAAGCAGUCUGUGGCUCUUGAUGUGCUGUCAUACCAUGCGACAUGUUCAAAAGCUGAAGUUGACAAGUUUAAGGCAGCCAACAUCCCUUUGGUAUCAGAACUUGCCAUCGAUGACAUACAUUUUGAUGACUUUUCUCUCGACGUUGAUGCCAUGAUCACGGCUGCCCUUCGGAUGUUCAUGGAGCUGGGGAUGGUUCAGAAAUUUAAAAUCGACUAUGAGACCCUGUGCCGGUGGCUUUUAACAGUGAGGAAGAAUUACCGAAUGGUUCUGUACCACAACUGGAGACACGCCUUCAACGUGUGCCAGCUGAUGUUUGCUAUGUUGACCACGGCAGGGUUUCAAGAGAUUCUGACCGAGGUGGAAAUUCUCGCGGUGAUUGUGGGAUGCCUGUGUCAUGACCUCGACCACAGGGGAACCAACAAUGCCUUCCAAGCUAAGAGCGGCUCUGCCCUGGCCCAGCUCUAUGGAACCUCCGCCACCUUAGAGCACCACCAUUUUAACCACGCGGUGAUGAUCCUUCAGAGUGAGGGUCACAACAUCUUUGCUAAUCUGUCCUCCAAGGAUUAUAGUGACCUCAUGCAGCUUUUGAAGCAGUCGAUAUUGGCAACAGACAUCACGCUGUACUUUGAGAGGAGAACUGAAUUCUUUGAACUUGUCAGUAAAGGAGAAUAUGAUUGGAACAUCAAACCCCAUCGUGAUAUAUUUCGAUCAAUGUUAAUGACAGCCUGUGACCUUGGAGCCGUGACCAAACCGUGGGAGAUCUCGAGACAGGUGGCUGAACUUGUAACCAGUGAGUUCUUCGAACAAGGAGAUCGGGAGAGAUCAGAACUCAAACUCACCCCUUCAGCUAUUUUUGAUCGGAACCGGAAAGAUGAACUGCCUCGGUUGCAACUGGAGUGGAUCGAUAGCAUCUGCAUGCCUCUGUACCAGGCCUUGGUGAAGGUCAAUGUGAAACUGAAGCCAAUGCUGGAUUCGGUGUCUGAGAACAGAAGUAAGUGGGAAGAGCUGCACCAGAAGAGGCUGCUGGUCUCAGCUGCCUCCCCCUGCUCCACGGGCCUCGUGGUGGCCGAGGCCAAAAGUAACUAACCCUGGGGUCAGCUGCUGCUGCAGAAGAACUGCAUCCUGACAGGCCAGCUUUGCCCAGCCUCUUCAUCCUAUUCGUCCUUUAAGCUCAGACAGACAGAAAGUUUGGAGGAUGAGCUGGGAAGCAUGCCUGGGGUUUCACCUUGACGUGUGGCCUCCAGGGAAAGGCGUGAUGGGAAGGACAGAGGAGGAGGUGGGGCAGGGAGCACACCCCAGGAUCCUGGACUUUCCAUGAUGAACAGACAUGGCUUGGGACUGAGACAGGCGCUGGGCAGGGGACAGCUGUGGAUCCAGGCGGCCCUGGCCAUUCUGACCCAAGGGAACAUGGACCAGUGCGGGCGUCACUAGAGCUGCUUCAUUUUGCAUAUGGCUCUUCUCUUUGCUACAAGGCAACAAUGCCUGCCCUUGCAUCCUCUCCCCAGUGCCCUUCAGUGCCAGGCUGUCCUAAGAACCCUGAUUUGUAUUCUGUAGAGGUAUUUUAUUUUUAUCCUAAAGCUUCUUAAUGAUGGCUCGGAGCCAAGAGACUUGUAAAAGAUAAACUAUAUUAUCCUUACAAACACCAACUAUUCCCACAUUUCCCCUAAAAAUAGCUGUAGUAGAAAUACAUCCAAUGUGUUUGUCUGAUUGGGGUUUACACAAGAUUCAUAACACUGCAUUGGGAUGGUGGUCCUCUUUUUCAGUUUUCUAAUUCAAUCUUCAUUGUAGACCAACUCUACUCCCAGAAGGAAUAGAUUAAUAGAUUAAUUAAAGUAAGGGUGAAAGAAAAUCUAUAAUUGGAUUUACCACAAGUGGCAUAUGAACAUUUAGAAACUAUUUCCAGCAGCCAGACGUUGCAGCAGGGCACAGCAGCUCCAUGGACAAAGAUCAUUGACUACCUUGAGUUCUCCUAGUAAUGGCGUUUGUAUAAAACUGAAAGUCACUAUCACUACCAACCUACAGGCAAAUGCAGGAGUCUCCAAUUUUGGAUUUUUCCUUAAGUAUUAGAAAUAAUGUCUGGCAGGUGAACAAAUAAUGGUGUAGGCAGAGACCACAUAUUCUAUGGAAAGCCAGGUUUACAAUGGGUGAGAAUAAACUAUAUGAAAUAAAUGCAAUGACCAGAAAGCCACUUUGCCUUUCACCUGAGAUUGAGGUCACGCUAUGCCUUAUCCAAAGAAUGGGAAGUGAGAAGCUAGCUUUGGCAUCGUGACUGGAUGACUUUGGACACUUCACCUAACCUCUCUACGUCAGUCUGUUUCCUCAUUUGUCAAGUGAGACUACACUUAGGAAAUGGUUUUCAAACACGCUUUAACCUUGUAACUCUUUGUUCAAAUAAAUCUCACGUGGCAUCUCCGAGAUAUAAAACAUUCUCCGUGAGCCCUCCGCUUGAAGCCAGUUGGGGGAUCCAGAGCCCCAGCACACCCGCAGGUCUUCGAUCACGUACAUGGUGCUCCAUAAAGGGGCUCCGAGGAGCUGGAAACCCCUGGAUCAGAUGACCCUUGAAGUUCACUCCAGCUCUGAAAAAUCUAAAAUUUAUAAACCAUGUUUUGUUCUUAUUGCCCCUGGCCAGUAUCAGUUAUUAACUUCAUUACUCAAAUGCUAAGGAAACAGGGACCGAGAUCCACAAAGAACAUUGUUUUCCUGGCAUGGAGCAGGCAUUCAGGACAUGUGUUCUUU